AUCUGACUUCAGUCAGAGUACGAAUACACCGUCCGCUGAUUAUAUCUUUUAGUUAUUCUCGAAUUCAAGAAGUGUGAUGAGCUUCGACCGCGUCGGAAAGUGAAAACUUAAAUUUUGUGCUAUAAGGUUUAAGUCAGAUUAUAAUCUCGGGUAGAAACAAAAAACAAAAUUAUUUUUAUCCCCGAUUUAAAUUGAUAUUAAUGUGAACAAAGCUUCUUCGUAACCAUCAGUCAAAUUAACGAAAAACAAAGCACAAAUAAAUUAAACACGCAAUCAUGAAGACGUGGGCCCUGUGUGUUUGUGUGUUACUUAUCUCAGCUAAUUAUUCAAAUGCCUUAUCGACACUCCGCAAACAAGUAAAACAAGCUGAUAAAGUUGUACAGCUGAAGCAAUUAGAUCUGCCAGAAGCUGAAAUUGAUCCGAAUAUCGGACCAACACUGCCAAAUGCUGAAGGGAUUGUAGCCGAAACCGCAGAAGCUGCAGAAGCUGCUGAAGCUGUAGAGACGGCUGCAGAAGAAAUUGCUGAAAAACCAGUAGCAUCUGCAGCUUCAACUGCUGAAGAGGAAGUAGCAGCAGUAGCUGAAGAAACUGUUGAUGCAGUUGAAGCAGUUUCGUCCAGUCCUGCUCUAACAGAGGAAUCAAACCCAGUUAAUGAAGAUGAUCCAAAUCAGCUGAGCAAGUAUUGUAAAUGUUCUGAUACACACUGUGAUUGUUGUCGCAACUUCCAGUUGCCAAUUCUGCCAGUUCGAGGUCCAGGCUGUGCCAAAGUGACAUAUCUUGGCAAUGAAAGGAUGUCCGUUUCGAUUAAGUAUGGUGACCUUGUACUUGCUACGAGAACUAUUUCCGGAAAGAAGGCCAAACCCAUUUGCGUUAGUUUACCAGGAGGAUUUUCGAAAUUCUGUGGCAGAGUGUAUGGAUUGUCGAAGGGAAAAGAAGACUUUAAGGCGUGUUUGGGGCUUGAGCUACGCUCAGAGGAAGAAGUCGAGGCAUCAAUGCGCGUAUCUUGUUUCAAAUUUGGAGCUAAAGGCUUGCAAGUAGCAGAGGCUGAACCCUUGCCAGAGGUCCCAAAGGAAGAAGAAGAGGAUGAAGAUGAUAUCUUUGGUUUUGCUGCUGGUGGUGGCUCUGAUGAUGAUUACGAUGAGGAAGACGAAGAAGAGGACGAUGAUGAUGCUGAGGAUGAUGAUGAUGAUGCUGCCGGUGCUGGUGCUGCAGCUACAGAUGAUGCCGACUAUGAUGGUUUCAGUUUUCUUGGAAGUGGCUUAUUAGAUGAUUUGGACGAUUCUGAGGAGGCAAGUAGUCCUGUUCAAGCUACGCGAAAUGAUCGAAAUGCCAUAGCUCAAAGUAAGGAAGGUGAAGGUAUUCCACUGGUGGAAGCCGAGACCGGGGCUGUUGAACAGUCUACAAAUACUACUGCUGAUGCAACAAAACCCGACGGUACUAAAGUUAAGAAAAACAAGAAAAAGAAGAAGAAGGCUAGUGAUUCCUAUUUCGCUCUUGAUUUCCUAAAUGGAAUCCUUGAUUUUUUUAAUUAAGAAGAUACAAAGAUCAUUUCGAACAAUACAAGCUAAAAAAGUGUAAAUACAAUCAAAAAUUCUAGGUUUAAGUUUUAAUUUAUUUAUUUAUAUUUAUUUAAAUGCAUUUAAUAAAUUAAUGUAAAUUAUUUGAAGAGAAAUGAAUCAGAAAAA